AAGUUUGAGAACCACUGCAUUAAAUCAUAAUCUCUUGUUGAAUAGAUGUCCAUUUACAAACAUACAAUGUGUUAUCUUUGACAACUGAGGUGUUUAAUUGUGUCAAUGCUAUGGCAUGCAUUACGUUAUCGUUAGAAUUUAUUGUAUGUAGAAUUAUUUUAAUUUACAUCUGUGUAAACCCUUUGAAUAAAUAGCCUUUUAAAAAUACACAAUGUAUAAAACAUCUUGAUAGCAUAUAUAAAUCGUAUGUGAUCGGAGAUAAAUUUGGAUAACUUAAGAUAAUUUGUGAGGUGAGAGUUCCACCUUCUGGCCAAAGACAGUGUGGCAAUAAUAAAGGACCACAUUUUCUGUCAUCUAUUUCCUACACAUACAAACAUUAAAUACAAUCAAAUUAAAUAAAUAUAAAGUGUGUUUAUAAGUGAGGUAGAAACCUGUAAUGGCUUAUACAAAGAAACACUCAUAAGACUUGCAAAUGCAUAAUAGUGAUAAACACUGUCACAUAUUAAAUAAGAGUAGAAGUAUAGUUUAAACAAACAGAUGUAAUUGCUGAAUGAUUCUUUUUUUCCAAAUGUAAUGUUUUUGACACCAGGGCAUUUUAAUUUCUCUUUUUGUACACAGACGCAAAUUAUACUCCAUGUAUUGUUGCGAUGAUAUUGUCUUUGCAUAAGAACAUUUUAAAUAGCCAAAUACACAUAGUCGAAAGCUUUAGAAUUGUUUGUUUCAGGGGAAGAGAAUCUCUUUGUACAAGCGAGCCCAGAUCCUGGUGGCAGAUUUCUGGGGCGUCAUGGAGGCCAGAGGAGAGGGGGGCAUCAUCAACAUGGACUGGCUCACCAUGUUUGCAGACUACAGGGUCCCUCAGGCUCUCGUCUUCCUUGGAGCACUACGAUACACUGACACACUGAUGCAGGCGCUGAACAAGGGAGAGCUGCUGAGUUCAGGGGACAGAAGAGAGGUUGAAAUCCGAGGUUGUUCAAUUUGGUCUGUGGAGCUGAUCAAAGAGCGUCUGUGUAAGCUGGUGAAGGAGAGAGACGGACAGACCUGCAACGUAAACUCGGCAGUCAUCGACUUUUACCUGUGGCCUUAUGCCAAGAAGCACCACAAAGAGAUGGCUCACAUUCCCAUACACCACACACGCUGUAUUUACUACUGACGAGCUGGUGGCAGCAUUACAUACAGAAGGCUGCACUCUGUGUGCAGCCUUGGCAUCGUUACCUUUCCCUGGGAGAAAGCCAAUCCUGUCUCCGUGCCAGAUAUAUGUACAAAUCGGCUUCGCUCCAGCUGUAAUGGAAACAGGUGUCGAGCUUUAAUGUAGCUCAUUGGUGUGUGUGGGUAGUGGCACUGUUGUCCAUUCACAGUCAAUUAAAAAAUGUUUACUGUUGUUGAUGUCUGACAAACUGCUCGGUUAUUACAGUAAGUGAUAAUAUACUGUAUGUGAACAUACAAUUAUGGACACAUUGUCCAAUCUACAGCAGCUUGGAUUUUUUACACUGGGAAAACAUUGAAAAUAAAACGUUUUAAUUA